CUGUCCAGCAGGAUGACUCCAGAGAACUUCACAUGGGCCAGGGUUGCGCCUGCUGAGUUCAUCCUCCUGGGCAUCACGGAUCGCUGGGACCUGCGCAUAACCCUCUUCCUGAUCUUCCUACCUGUCUACCUGGUGAGCCUGCUCGGAAACGUGGGAAUGGUGCUGUUGAUCCGAGUCGACGGCCGGCUCCACACACCUAUGUACUUCUUCCUGGCCAGCCUCUCCCUGUUGGAUGCCUGCUAUUCCUCGGCCAUCGGUCCCAAGAUGCUAGUGGACCUGCUGCUGCCCCGUGCCACCAUCCCUUACGCAGCGUGUGCCCUCCAGAUGUUUGUCUUCGCAGGCCUGGCGGAUGCCGAGUGCUGCCUGCUGGCAGCCAUGGCCUAUGACCGCUACGUGGCCAUCGGAAACCCUCUUCUCUAUACGACAGCCAUGUCUCCGCGUUUGUGCCUGGCCUUGCUGGGAGCCUCAGGCCUGGGCGGAGCGGUGAGCGCCUUUGUUCACACCACCUUCACCUUCCGCCUGAGUUUCUGCAGGUCCCGGGAGGUCAACAGCUUCUUCUGCGAUAUCCCCCCACUGCUGGCCAUCUCGUGUGACGACACCAGUCUCAACGAACUCCUCCUCUUUGCAGUCUGUGGCUUCAUCCAGACGGCCACGGUGCUGGCCAUUGCUGUGUCCUAUGGCUUCAUCGCGGGCGCUGUGAUCCGCAUGCGCUCGGCCGAGGGUCGCCGCAGAGCUGCGUCCACCUGUGGCUCCCACCUCACGGCGGUGGCCAUGCUCUACGGGACGCUGAUUUUUAUGUACCUGCGUCCCAGCUCCAGCUAUGCCUUGGACACCGACAAGAUGGCGUCUGUGUUCUACACCCUCGUCAUACCAGCCCUCAACCCGCUCAUCUACAGCCUCCGAAACAAGGAGGUGAAGGAAGCUUUCCGGAGGACCUGGAGUCGAUUCUGCUGUCCCGGGCAGGGGCACCCGUGAGGGCUCGGGGGAGUGUGGGUCGGACUGACUGUGAAGG